AAGUUCGCAUCAUUGUAAAUGUGCGUCGUGUGAUAAGAUAGCAAAUAAUAGAUGCAUAUGACGGUGUGAAAUGAUUUAAUAAUUUAGUGUUAAGUUUAUCCUUAAUGUGAUGUGAAUAUUUUAGCGAUUUAAAACAAUACUAUAUUAUACAUUGAAAAAUGUUAAUAUUUAAUAUUUAAAUAAUUUGUUUUAUUAUGAUGUUGACUUGUUAGGGAUAGUAAAAUAUAAUAUUAUAAACUUUAAAAAAAUGUUAGAAAAUUCAAACACACCAUCUAAGGAGGAUAUUCACAUUUUAAAUGAAAGAGAAGGUAACUCUGACGCUCAAGAGCUCCAUUAUAGCGAUCAUAGCCAUUCAAGGAUUAAAUAUCUCGGUGCUUUUUCAAGGCGCAAUGCCGAGGAUUGUGAUGAAGACGAAGUUAACACCAGCGAAUCAGACUCGUUGGAAGAACCAACAGGAAGUGAUGGAGGGGGCGGCACUCCUGGGGAGGAGUUUGACGUACCCUAUGAUGAAGGCUGGGCCUGGAUGAUAUCUCUUAGCUGUUUCGUUUUGUUUUUCGUCUACUCCGCGUACGAUCAGCUGAUGUCUGUUUUGUUGCUAGAAAUCUCGGAGACUCUAGACACGACAGUCCCUGUCAUCUCGGCCACGUUUUCUGUCGGGAGUUUGCUCUAUUGUGUAGCUACUCAACUCUCGGCCAAUUUCUUUCUACUCCACUUCUCAAAUAGAUGCGUGGAAACAUGCGCCGCUGUUCUCAACGUAGGGGCGUCUCUCUUCUUUGUCGUCAGCCAAAAUUUGACCUCGUUUUUAAUUGCAAAUUUUAUCAAAAGUAUAGCAAAGGGACUGACGCUAAUUGCCACAAUAACAUUGAUUGGAUUCUACUUCAAACGACGGAGAGCUCUUGCUAUUGCAUUUGGUCUCACUGGGGGCAGUCUCGGCAUCGUAGCUGUCCCUCCAUUGGUGCGUUAUCUGCGGGAGAACUACGGGUUCCGGGGGAGCUUCUUGUUGAUAGCCGGCCUUGAGAUGCAUGGAAUCCUGGCAACCCUUCUUCUGAGACCUCUGAGCAUUUACCGGAAAAAGAAAAUUGUCAUUUCCGAGCAGAGCACGCCACAAGAAAAACAAAUUUUACUUCCGUUUUCUGGACAAGAUACCGAAAACUCCGAAAAUACUCAACACACACAGAACAGCAUAAAAACUCAAGAUUCCUCGAUCUUGUUGGAAUGCGAACAAAUUACUCACAUAAAAACAGCGGACCAAAUUUUUAAGAAAAAAUUAUAUUCUCACCCCGUAUUGACGUGCCCAAGUGUUAUUCUUCCUCCUGAUUGCAAAGAAGGUGAUUAUGAAAUGAAAAUAAUCGACCAACCAAAAGAUAGUGCUUUACAACCAUUGACGCCUUCGGUAAUUGAAACAAAAUUUGAUAAGCAGGGGUAUAUCAGCGAAAUCCAAAAAAUACAGCUUCAAAGCUAUGAUGACAGAAAUAUAGAAGAUGGUAGUUUGACACAACAUGAGCUCAACAAAUUUUUUGCACCAUUAGCCGUAGAGGAAGACAAGUCUGGUAAUCGAACAUCUAUUAAUUCUUCUACCAAUAACGAUUCAUGUGUAAUUAAAAAAGAAUUAAAUGAAACAACUUCCAGUAGUAGUAAAGCUAUUUCGGUCUCUGAGAAUAAAGACUUGAAUGCCACAGAAAAAGUUCUGAAUGUUGAAGAAACACAUACCCUGCCUCCCGUAUCGGCAUCUUAUACAGACAACAUCGAGGCAAACCAAGAACAAAUUUCUGAUGAAAAUAAGUUCGACAAACUAAAUACCGAAAACGAACGUAAUUGUCUGUCAAAUGAAAAUUCAAACUCGGAAAUAUGCACCCACGAUUGCACUCAAGUUGAACAAAUAAAUUCGCAAAAUAAUUCAGAUUCAAUGAAAAGAUCAAACCGAGAUCUGGUUGACCUUCCAAUGAAACGUCUCCCUCACGGUACAUGGAGCUCCAGAGCGUCCUCUCUAGCAGACGAUCAGAAGGCUGAGACUGAACUUUCAAAGAGUGAAACAAAAUACAGACCGUGGCGAUGUUCUUGGCUACGGAUGAUCAUAGACGUCAACAUAGUCAAGAACUAUCUUUGUAUACUCCUAUUCAUUACCUAUAGCUGUUGUAAUGCUGGUAUACUCUCCAUCAUGUACAUACCAUCUCUAGCUCUUAAGGCGGGCGUGACUCCACAAAAGGCAGCUUAUCUUCUUACCAUCGUUGGUGCAGCGGAUAUGUUUGGAAGAAUCAGUUCCGGUAUUUUUGCGGAUUUGAAAAUCGUAAAACCAAAUCAAAUUAUGGCUGUAACAACGCUUUCACUAGGAGUAAUUAGUCAGUUUAUUUCUUUUUUCAAAGAAUUUGAACUGUUGGUAUUCUAUGCUACCAUGCAAGGCUUUUUCGCCAGCAUAAGCUCAAACUUAACCUCGAUUUUGGUGGUUGAUGUCAUGGGAAUAAAACAUUUGGCCAAAGUUCUAGCCAUGUGCAGUUUCUUUCUGAGUAUUUCAAUCACUGUUCAGCAUCCUAUUCAGGGUGCUUUGAUUGCAUACACCGGAAACUUCGUGGCGACCUUUCAGUAUGUUGGUGUGUUAAAUAUAAUUGGGAGUGGUCUUCUCCUGUCAGUGCCAUUGGUCAGGAGGCUGCAGACGGCCAGAGAAGAGAGACAGCGUUUGAAAAAAGCUGCUCAAACAGACACAUCGACUUCUAUGAACUAAAACUUGGUUUUGAAUUAUUCAUCUAUACCUCGGUUUAAAUAAACAUCAUAAAUGAUAGCAUGUUAUUCAAACCAUUAACAAAACAUGAGAUUUGAAUAUCAAAAUAGACCCCUUAUCGAAGAAUGUCGCCAUACUUUUGCCUACAAUUAUAUUUUUUUUUCGAAAGUUGCAAUAUCUUUCUGAAAUAUUUAUUGGUAUGGGUCAAGAAUUAGUCAUUAAUUAAUUUUUAUAA